UUGUAAACAAUGGAGGAUAAUCUGAAAUAAUUUUCGCGAAUCAAUUUAUUUCUCUGAAUGUAUGUAUUGUAUUUAUGAAUAAAUAUGUCUUGUAAUUAUGCAGAAGGUUUAUCCCCAUAUGAACAUAAAGGAAUUCUUGGUGUUCCAGAGAAAUUUGACCCACCGGAGAAGUUUAACAAAAAAUGUGAGCUUCUUUCCCAAUUAAUAAGCCAGUCUAAGCACGUAGUUGUUCACACAGGUGCUGGGAUUAGCACAUCAGCUGGAAUUCCAGAUUUCAGAGGUCCUAAUGGUGUUUGGACCCUCGAGAAGCAGGGUAAAAAGCCUAGCACCAAUGUGUCAUUCGCAGAUGCAAAACCAACCAAAACUCACAUGAUAUUGAAGAAGCUUGUGGAGUGCAACAAGGUGCAGUAUGUAGUGAGCCAGAAUAUAGAUGGCCUGCACCUCAAGUCCGGCCUGUCUAGGAAGCAUUUGGCAGAGCUGCAUGGAAACAUGUUUGUGGAUGAAUGCAAUGUUUGCAAAAGGCAAUUCGUCCGCAACCGCCCUGUAGAGACAGUCGGCAAGAAAUGCAGUGGUGUGCCAUGUGCGUCCUCGCAUAUAGGCGUGCGGCCAUGCCGCGGUCGGCUCUACGACGGGGUGUUGGACUGGGAGCACAGCCUGCCUGAGAACGACUUGCUGAUGGCUGAGUGGCAUUCUAGCAUAGCAGACCUGAGUAUAUGCUUAGGGACUACACUUCAAAUCAUUCCAAGUGGCAACUUGCCUAUAGAAACUGCAAAAUUUGGGGGAAAACUAGUUAUAUGCAAUUUGCAGCCAACUAAACAUGACAAUAAAGCAGAUUUAGUAAUAAACUACUAUGUAGAUGACGUACUAGAAAAAGUGAUGAAUAUUUUGAAUCUCGACAUUCCUACUUACAAUGAGGAAGAAGACUUGAGCAAAAUGGCGGAAUCGUCAAUCAUUGACUGGACUAUUGAGAGAAAAGAUGUUCUGGCAUUAGAGAAAAUAUACAAAGCGAAAUGCAAAGGGGUAAAAAAGAAAAGGAAUCUAAUCAAAAGAAAUAAUGCAGAAUCAAGUACAAAUGGUCAUAAUGACGAAGAUGAUAAAUCAAAGAUAAUUAAGUUAGAAGUAACAGAAACAGCUGUUCCAGAAACUUGUGAUAUUAAGACUGAAAGUAUUGAACAAAGUAAUACAGAACAAAAUGGAAUUGUGAAAUAAAUAACUUUUUUUUUA